UCUUGACUCGAUCGCGUCGCGAAGAGACACAUCAUCUUCUUCAAGUCACAAGCACAAAUUUGAUCCACAAUAGAACCUCUCGUCUCACAAGUCACAGUUGAGUCUGUGUUGAGUUUUGCGUAUUCUCGAGACUUGGGCUGCUUGCAUGCAUAUAUACACGCACGCCCACAAAAAACAUUCAAAUACACGCAGAGCGACCUUUUACCUUCUUUUCGCGCGAAAUCGCCAUCAAGUCAUUGUCAUCCCGUCCACACAAUCGAGCUCACACCUAGGUCCGGCACUUCCGGCUCUCUUUCAACAAUCGAUCUUGGGAGCGUACUUUGCAAGUGACUCGCAACAAGCAAGCGCUGCAAGAAAUGGCUGCGGUAGCCAGCUCAAGCAGGGCUUCGCCGCCGGAUAGAUCGCAGCAACAGCAUAGGCCGACCAACUCAAGAAUACUAGGAGACAUCACUGCCGAACCGCUCUUAGUCGCCGCUUCCACAGGCAGCGAUAAGCCAUUGCAAGCACUGCACGCCCAGAACCUCGCCCAAUCCUCACUUCACACACAAGAGGUCCAAGCUCACUUUCUGAAUCAGGCGCCCAAAUUUGUAGAGCUGCACAAUACGCUUUCAACCAGCUUGUCGCAGCUGGAAAGCUUGAGCAGCUUCUUGUCCACCUUUAGCGCUGAUCUCGGUGCUGUGUCAUCGCACAUCAGCACGCUUCAAGCCAGAAGUCAAGAGCUGGAACGGAGACUGGUAGCCAGACGCAAGCUGGAAUUGCCGCUCAACGACCUGGUGCAGAGCAUCAGCAUCAGUCCGGAGACGCUCAAGCACAUUCUGGACGAGGAGCCAAACAAGGAUUGGCAAGGCUACCUUGCGGAGGUGGAAAAGGUGCUUGAUGCUUCCAGCUCAGCGGCUGCGGCCAGCUUGCUGAGCAAGAAAGAGAACACAGCUUCAACUCAAGGAAAUAUCGUCUCGGAUGGAGAGGCGUUGGAGGAAGUGAGAAAGAUAGCAGAAGGCGCAAAAAUGGUUGCCGCUGCCAAGCUGCGAGGUUCACUUCUAGCGCCGCUACAACCCAUCAAACGCAGCUUGACUGCGAAUCUCACCCUCCUGCAAUCUCUUCUACUGCGAUCGCACAGAGGUCUGUACGGCUUCCUAGCUCGUCAAAUGCCUCGAGUCGCUAUCGACGUGCAGCGCGAAUACGUCGGUCUUGCCAGGCUUUACUACGAGACUGGAUUCAGAAGGUACGAGCGGGCGCUCAAGUAUGCGAGAGAGAAAGCGAGGAGAAGAGAGUCUCGAGCAGCUGUUCUGAUUGCAGAAGUCAUGCCUCCUGGAGCCACUGGCGCUGGACCUGAUGCUGAAGGAGACACAUGGCUUCUAGAUACUUUGCGACUGGAACAUGCAAAGAUGGCCGAUGGACCUCCAGUGUGCUUGGCAUACCAGGCAGAGGACCCCACAAUGCGGCAUCCCAUCGAGUCCCUCUUUCGCAGCCUCUCUCUGGUCAUGCUAGACAAUGCAUCAGCGGAGUAUUGUUUCAUCGCGCGCUUCUUUGAGGACUUGGAAUCGAUGCCAGUCAAGCCGUCAAAGACGCUUGAGGAUCUUUCAGACGACGGACCAGAGCCCGAGGAGAGCGCCAGUGCAGCAGGCGACGCUGAGGAAGCUUCGGAAACAGCCAAGACCAGCAUCGGUGGUGGUGGAGGCACAAUGCGGGAGGAAGCGCAUGGCGAUGUUACGCACUUGUCCAAAAGGGAACAGCAAGCGAUGCAGGGACGAGCGGCAGGUGCUGAUGAAUUGUGGCGACAGGUAAUGGAGCCCGUAUUGGGCCACUGGACGACAUUCGUCAAGUCACUUCUUGCGCCUUCGCCCCCUUCAAUGCUCAGCCUCCUCACCGUUUUACAGCAUCUGGAAGGACUGUUGAGCGAGAGCACCGCGCGUGGUGUCUCUCGCGUUCUACAGCCGACGUUGAUGAACUUCAAGAUGGAGGCGUAUCCCGUUCUUCAGCGUCAGUGGGACGAACAUAUCGCUAGUAUCAAGAAAUUUGCGGACACUGGGACGCCACAGUCUGGUGGAGUUCUCACUUCCGCUAAUGUAGGCACAGAAACCAUCGCUGCUGGAUUUGGAAGCUUCGUCAGGGCCGCUGCGAACACUGUCUCGAAUCCUUUCGGUUCCCAAGAUCCGCGCGUCACAGACCAGCACGUCGUAACAGUCUCGUACAGAUACGGCCGCCUCUAUUCGAGCGUCGUGUCGCUGACGAUGUCGGAAGAGUUCCCGGAUGCGGCAUCCAGCAAUCCAGCGCUGUUCUCGUCACUGCUGCGCUUGCGCGCAGAGGUGGAAAGACUGAUCGAGAAGCAGGUGGAGAGAAUCUCUAAGAGGAAAGCGUCUGGAACGGCAGAUGAUGCAUCAGGUCCCAAUGCCGCUGGCUUGUUGGCGAUGAGCAGCGUGACUGCCGUCAAGCGGGCUCUCGAGAAUGGACCAGCAGCUCUUUCACACCCGCGGUUGCAGACUGAAAUGUCGCAUUGGUCGGAGACGGAGAGGAGCAGGAGAUUGGGUUGAGCGGAAGCCGCACACGUUUUUCGCAUUGCUAAUCGUAUCAAUACACAAUUCUUGCUGUCAUGCCAAUGAUAAUUGCAUAAUUCUCUGCG